AAGUACAAUAAGGAGACUUGGCUCCCAGAAAGCACAAUCAGUAGAAACAGAAGUUGUGUAUUAUUUGCAUAGAUGGAAUAAAUUGGAGGCUUCUUGGUCAUCCUCCGCGUGAGGCCAGAGCCAGCGUCCUUCCAGAGCUCCCUGGAUGCUUCCGGAGUGGGAAGGCUCUGAGCCGCUUCCGCCGCCAUUGCGGAUUUUGGACAGAAGAUCAGCCACCGCUACCCAUCGAUGCAAUAGAAGGCGCGCACACAGGAGGGGCUUUCGAACAUUUCCGUGGUACCAGCUGAAGGAGACGCAAUUAAAAGCGCCGCGCAUUGCAUUCUCCGUGUUUGUUCUCACCGUGAGGCUUCGACCUAAACGCUCAGUGAGGAGGUCGUAGCUAGCGCGGGUGCUGCUGCCUAGCUAGCUAGCUGUACGGCUAGAGAUUCAGCGCUGGAGACGCUCAAGGAAACCAACAUGGCUCAAAUCCUACCUAUUCGCUUCCAGGAGCAUCUGCAGCUCCAGAACCUGGGAGUCAACCCAGCAAACAUUGGAUUCAGCACUCUGACCAUGGAGUCGGACAAGUUCAUCUGCAUCAGGGAGAAAGUUGGUGAGCAGGCCCAGGUUGUCAUCAUAGAUUUGGCCGACCCAAACAAUCCCAUUCGGAGGCCUAUCUCUGCGGACAGUGCCAUCAUGAACCCUGCGAGCAAAGUUAUUGCUCUUAAAGCGGCAAAGACCUUGCAGAUUUUCAACAUUGAGAUGAAGAGCAAGAUGAAGGCUCACACGAUGACAGAUGAUGUGACCUUCUGGAAGUGGAUAUCCCUCAACACUGUUGCCCUGGUCACAGACAACGCAGUCUACCAUUGGAGCAUGGAGGGUGACUCACAGCCAAUCAAAGUCUUUGACCGUCACUCCAGUCUUGCUGGCUGCCAGAUCAUCAACUACCGCACAGAUGCUAAACAGAAGUGGUUGCUGCUCAUUGGUAUUUCAGCACAGCAAAAUCGUGUUGUUGGAGCCAUGCAGCUGUAUUCAGUGGACAGGAAGGUGUCUCAGCCCAUUGAAGGGCACGCCGCUGGUUUUGCACAGUUCAAGAUGGAGGGAAACACAGAGGAGUCGACUCUGUUCUGCUUUGCUGUACGAGGACAAGCAGGGGGCAAACUGCACAUUAUUGAAGUGGGGACUCCACCGACGGGGAACCAGCCGUUUCCAAAAAAGGCAGUGGAUGUUUUCUUUCCUCCAGAAGCUCAGAAUGACUUUCCUGUUGCAAUGCAGAUUAGUUCCAAGCAGGAUGUGGUCUUUCUCAUCACUAAAUAUGGCUACAUUCACCUUUACGACCUGGAGACUGGAACUUGUAUCUACAUGAACAGGAUCAGUGGGGAGACCAUUUUUGUCACCGCUCCCCAUGAGCCUACAGCUGGUAUCAUUGGCGUCAACAGGAAGGGACAGGUCCUAUCAGUGUGUGUUGAGGAGGAAAACAUAAUACCCUACAUCACUAACGUGCUCCAGAACCCUGACCUGGCUCUUCGCAUGGCUGUUCGCAAUAAUCUUGCUGGUGCUGAGGAGCUGUUUGCCCGCAAGUUCAACACCCUCUUUGCAGCAGGAAAUUAUUCCGAAGCUGCCAAGGUGGCAGCCAAUGCACCAAAGGGUAUUCUGCGGACCCCAGACACCAUACGCCGCUUCCAGAGUGUUCCAGCCCAGCCAGGCCAGACGUCUCCUUUGCUCCAGUAUUUUGGCAUCUUACUUGAUCAAGGCCAGCUUAACAAGUUUGAAUCGCUGGAGCUUUGCAGACCUGUCCUACAGCAGGGCCGCAAGCAGCUAUUGGAGAAAUGGCUAAAGGAGGACAAGCUGGAGUGCUCUGAGGAGCUUGGAGACUUGGUGAAGUCUGUAGAUCCUACUCUUGCUCUUAGUGUCUACCUCAGAGCCAAUGUCCCCAACAAAGUCAUUCAGUGCUUUGCAGAGACUGGCCAGUUUCAGAAGAUUGUCCUUUAUGCCAAGAAGGUUGGCUACACUCCAGACUGGAUCUUCUUGCUGAGGAACGUAAUGCGUAUUAGUCCAGAGCAGGGACUUCAGUUCUCCCAGAUGUUGGUCCAGGAUGAAGAGCCACUUGCUGAUAUUACACAGAUAGUUGAUGUCUUCAUGGAGUACAACCUGAUUCAGCAGUGUACAUCCUUCUUACUAGAUGCCCUAAAGAAUAACAGACCUAUGGAAGGUCCACUGCAGACACGCCUGCUGGAAAUGAAUUUGGUCCAUGCACCACAGGUUGCAGAUGCCAUCCUGGGUAAUCAGAUGUUCACCCACUAUGAUCGUGCUCAUGUUGCACAGCUGUGUGAGAAGGCAGGUCUUCUGCAAAGGGCGCUGGAGCAUUAUACAGACUUGUAUGACAUCAAACGGGCUGUGGUGCAUACACAUCUUCUCAACCCAGAGUGGUUAGUGAAUUUCUUUGGCUCUUUGUCAGUGGAAGACUCUCUGGAGUGUUUAAGGGCAAUGCUCUCUGCAAACAUCCGCCAGAAUCUGCAGAUCUGUGUGCAGGUGGCAUCUAAGUACCAUGAGCAGCUCACUACUCAGUCUCUGACUGAGCUUUUUGAGUCAUUCAAGAGUUUUGAAGGUUUGUUCUAUUUCCUGGGUUCCAUUGUAAACUUCAGCCAGGAUCCAGAGGUCCACUUUAAAUAUAUUCAAGCUGCCUGCAAGACGGGACAGAUCAAAGAGGUGGAAAGAAUUUGCAGAGAGAGUAACUGCUAUGACCCUGAACGAGUGAAGAACUUCCUUAAGGAAGCAAAGCUGACUGACCAGCUUCCUUUGAUCAUUGUGUGUGACCGCUUCGAUUUUGUGCACGAUUUGGUGCUGUACCUGUACCGCAACAGUCUGCAGAAAUACAUUGAGAUCUACGUGCAAAAGGUGAAUCCAAGCCGUCUGCCAGUAGUGAUUGGAGGGUUACUGGAUGUAGACUGUGCUGAAGAUGUGAUUAAGAACCUGAUCAUGGUUGUGAGAGGCCAAUUCUCCACAGAUGAACUGGUUGCGGAAGUUGAGAAAAGGAAUCGUCUGAAGCUGCUGUUGCCUUGGUUGGAGGCUCGUAUUCAUGAAGGUUGUGAGGAGCCAGCAACCCAUAAUGCCCUAGCCAAGAUCUAUAUCGACAGCAACAACAACCCUGAGCGCUUCUUGAGAGAGAAUCCAUAUUAUGACAGCCGUGUGGUGGGCAAGUAUUGUGAGAAGAGAGAUCCCCAUCUUGCCUGUGUGGCCUAUGAAAGAGGACAAUGUGACCAGGAACUGAUACAUGUGUGCAAUGAAAACUCGCUGUUCAAGAGUCUGUCCCGCUACCUUGUACGGCGCAAGAACCCCGAGCUGUGGGCGAGCGUGCUGUUGGAGACUAACAACUACAGAAGACCACUCAUUGAUCAGGUUGUCCAGACAGCCUUGUCAGAGACCCAGGAUCCAGAGGAGGUUUCUGUUACCGUGAAGGCCUUCAUGACUGCCGACCUUCCGAAUGAACUCAUUGAGCUUCUCGAGAAAAUUGUUCUGGAUAACUCUGUUUUUAGUGAGCACAGAAACCUUCAGAACCUGCUCAUCCUAACCGCCAUCAAAGCUGAUCGUACACGUGUAAUGGAGUACAUCAACCGUCUGGAUAACUACGAUGCCCCAGACAUUGCAAACAUUGCCAUCAGCAAUGAGCUGUUUGAAGAGGCCUUUGCUAUUUUUAGGAAAUUUGAUGUCAACACUUCUGCUGUACAGGUUUUAAUUGAGCACAUUGGUAACCUGGACAGAGCUUAUGAGUUUGCUGAGCGCUGCAAUGAGCCACCAGUAUGGAGCCAGUUGGCAAAGGCCCAGCUUCAAAAGGGAAUGGUCAAAGAAGCUAUUGAUUCCUACAUCAAGGCCGAUGACCCCUCUGCUUAUAUGGAAGUGGGACAGGCUGCAGCUCAAAGCGGAAAUUGGGAGGACCUGGUGAAAUUUCUGCAAAUGGCCCGAAAGAAGGCCCGUGAGUCCUAUGUUGAAACGGAGUUGAUUUUCGCUUUGGCCAAGACUAAUCGUCUAGCAGAGCUGGAAGAGUUCAUCAAUGGUCCUAACAAUGCUCACAUUCAGCAAGUGGGUGAUCGAUGCUAUGACGACAAAAUGUAUGAAGCAGCUAAACUGCUUUACAACAACGUGUCCAACUUUGGUCGUCUGGCCUCCACUCUGGUGCACCUAGGAGAGUACCAGGCAGCUGUGGACGGAGCACGGAAGGCAAACAGUACCCGCACAUGGAAGGAGGUCUGUUUCGCCUGUGUAGAUGGGAAGGAGUUUCGUCUUGCCCAAAUGUGCGGCCUGCACAUUGUUGUCCACGCUGAUGAACUUGAAGAGCUCAUCAACUACUACCAGGACCGUGGAUACUUUGAGGAGCUGAUCACCAUGCUGGAGGCUGCUCUCGGGUUGGAGCGUGCUCACAUGGGAAUGUUCACUGAGCUGGCCAUCCUCUACUCAAAGUUUAAGCCUCAGAAGAUGAGGGAGCACCUGGAGCUCUUCUGGUCACGUGUCAAUAUUCCAAAGGUUCUCAGAGCAGCAGAGCAGGCCCACCUUUGGGGAGAGCUGGUUUUCCUCUAUGAUAAGUAUGAAGAGUAUGAUAAUGCCAUCAUCACCAUGAUGAACCAUCCAGCUGAUGCCUGGAAAGAAGGCCAGUUCAAAGACAUUGUUACCAAGGUGGCCAAUGUGGAGCUGUACUACAAGGCCGUGCACUUUUACCUAGAAUUCAAACCAUUAUUACUGAAUGACCUGCUCAUCGUCCUGUCUCCAAGGCUGGAUCACACACGUGCUGUCAACUUCUUCAGCAAGGUGAAACAACUGCCACUAGUUAAACCUUAUCUAAGGUCUGUCCAAAAUCACAACAACAAGUCGGUGAAUGAGGCACUUAACAACCUGUUCAUUAUUGAGGAAGACUAUGCGGCAUUGCGUACGUCUAUUGACGCCUAUGACAACUUCGACAACAUCUCACUGGCCCAGGGCUUAGAGAAGCAUGAGCUCAUUGAGUUUAGGAGGAUUGCAGCUUACCUCUUUAAAGGCAACAAUCGCUGGAAGCAGAGUGUGGAGCUCUGCAAGAAGGACAAACUCUACAAGGAUGCAAUGCAGUACGCCUCUGAGUCAAAAGACACUGAGCUGGCAGAGGAGCUUCUGGCUUGGUUUCUGAAGGAAGACAAGAAGGAGUGCUUCGCUGCCUGCCUGUUCACCUGCUAUGACCUGCUGCGGCCCGAUGUGGUGCUGGAGACGGCCUGGCGACACAACAUCAUGGACUUCUCUAUGCCAUACUUCAUCCAAGUCAUGAGGGAGUAUCUCAGUAAGGUUGAUGCGAUAAAGGAAAAGGUGGACAAACUCGAAGCCUCCGAGUCUCUGAGGAAGCAGGAGGAGCAGGCUACAGAAUCUCAACCCAUUGUUUACGGCACACCCCAGCUCAUGCUCACAGCAGGACCCAAUGUGGCUGUGCCUCCCCAGCAGGCCUAUGGUUACGGCUACACAGCAGCGCCAGGCUACGCCCAGCCGCCACAGCCCUCCUUCGGUUAUGGCAUGUGAACCCCCCCCCCCUCCCAUAUUUCAACCCAACACACUCCUUCCAUGUGUCUUCUCUCUCUUUGUGUUACUCACCAGCUUCCCAUGGUCUUCUACUCACAAAAGGGGCCACAAGCAACAGACCACUCUCAUUUUGAGCACUAUUUUUUUAUUAUGUUGUGCUGUUAUAAGAGAAAACAUUUAACUCCAUUGAGGCAGUUUGUUUGUAUUAGAAAAAUGGACUUCUUUGUAUUUCCACAUUCCAUAUUUAUGACUACUUAGAUUUUGUUUGUGUUAAUAUUAAUGUUAUGUCGUUUUUUUUUUGUUUGUUUGUUUUUUUAUUGUUUUAUGGUUUGUGCAGACGUGGACUUGCUAAAGCUUAGCAAUGAACCUUUGAAGUAGGUGGAGGAGCAUUGGAUUUUGCACUUGUGAAGAAAUUAAUGUAGACAAGCUCUUACGUUUGAUGUACUGAACAUGUGAACAGCUGACAUUGUCUCGUUUGUCUGUAUAAUGCAUUUCAUCAUUGUAUAUUCUGAGGAAAAAAGGUUACAUAUAAUAUUUGAACAUAUAUUGCCAUUUCAGUGGCUAUAGCUAGCAACACUAAGUAAUGAUAGUAUAUUCUGCACAGGCGUGUAGCUUUAUGGAGUUUUAAAUGCAUACAGAUGUAUGUCACUGUGUGAAUGAAGGUGUGUUUGUGUGACCUGCUGGUCUAAAUAAGAAUUUAAACCUUGUUCAGCCUGUACUGGGCUCUCAAUCCACCCUCCUAGAUGUUAGCGCUCUUUCAUUGGCUCCAUGUACUUAGGUGACCUCUUGUGCCGUGUACAGUGCUUGUGCGAGACUGUAUCUGUGAAUGUGCAAGGGAGGGACCAAGGCUACCAAACCCCAGGAUCCUCAACCCCUUAACCGUGAUGUGUGUGAGUGUGUGAGUGUGUGUGUGUGUGUAUUUACUCUGAAACUUCCUCGCACUGAGGUCUGUGUAUGCCAGGUGUUGUAAUGUUUCCCUCGGUCACCAUAACGUUUUUUUUUCUGGCGUGUACAGAUGUUAAAAUGAUGAAAUGAAACUUUUUAGAUGAAGACCCCUCCCACCUGUCCUCCACCCACUCCCCUGUCCUGUUUCCUAACUGUACGAACAAAGGAGACAGGCUGGUGGAACAGUUGGUGUCCUAAUGACAACUUUAUUAGAUCCAUAAGCACUCCUGUAGGUUGUGUGUUUAGAUGGUUAUGAUGAAGAAAUAGGUCUCAGUACAUCCAGUUGUUUGUCAAGAAGGGUUUGAAAUAAGAGCCUGUAUUUACCUUGAUGUACUUAACUUCCUUACAUGCUUCGAGCUGUGUGUGUGUAAAGUGUCAUCCUAACCCCAACAUAAGUUAAAUUCCUUUCCGUUGUCAUGCAUAUGAAUAAAGGGGAUCUGUCAUUGAUAAGUGGAAGAAUAUGACUCCAGUGAAAGGGAAAUACUAGCCUAAAUAAAAACAAAACAUUGUACCCAG